AAGAAAGAAAGAAAGGAAAGAGGAGAAUUAGAAAUGAACUUCCCCAGUUAAUCACUCUUCCUCGAAGGUCAAAAAAGAAAAGUAAAACCCUAAUUUUGCUUUCUUUCUUUCUUUCCUUGGUAGUUUCUCUCGAUAAGGAUUUGAUGAUGAUGAGGCAUCCAUGUGUAACGCUCGUCCUUACCUUUAUAUUACCAACUCAAAAGUUACGUGUCUAAUUCGCGCUUCUAUAUAUACCCUCCUCCCUCCCUCCAUAUUCAUUCUUCCACCAAAUCUAAAUUCCUCUUCUCCGAUUAAUUACGCAACAACAAUAGCUCCGAGAUCCCAAAUGGCGACUGCCAACGGCCACCACCACCACCACCACAACUCUCCCCCGCCGGCCGCCAGAUGGUCUCUCCAUGGCAUGACCGCCCUCGUCACCGGCGGCACUCGCGGCAUCGGGAGUGCGACUGUGGAGGAACUAGCUGGGCUGGGAGCGAAGGUCCACACGUGCUCGCGAAACCAGUCGGAGCUCGACCACUGCUUACAGCAAUGGAAAGCGAGAGGCUUCUCCGUCACCGGCUCGGUCUGCGACGUGUCGUCGGCGUCCGAGAGACAGAAGCUCGUCCAGGAAGUUGGCAAGAUCUACAAUGGCACUCUCAAUAUCCUCGUGAACAAUGUUGGGACGAACGUGAGGAAGCCGACAACAGAGUAUUCAACGGAGGAAUACCUGAGACUGAUGUCCGUGAAUUUGGAAUCGUCGUACCAUCUCUGCCAGCUGGCCCACCCGCUUCUCAAGAAGUCCGGAGCUGGGUCCGUCGUCUUCGUCUCGUCGGUGGCCGGGGUUCUCCACAUUGGCAGCGGCUCCAUUUAUGGUCUCUCCAAAGGUCGGUCGAGUCGUGCCCGCAAACCGUUCGAUAAAACAGGCGCAAUCAAUCAGCUGACCAAGAAUCUGGCCUGUGAGUGGGCAAAGGACAACAUCAGGGCUAACUGCGUGGCUCCUUGGUACACCAGAACUUCCCUCGUUGAGCAUCUGCUUGAGAAGAAGGAUUUCUUGCAGCAGAUAGUGGCAAGAACGCCGCUCCAGAGGGUGGGAGAGCCUCACGAAGUGUCGAGCUUGGUGGGGUUCCUGUGCCUGCCAGCAGCUUCAUACAUCACUGGACAAGUCAUCUCUGUGGAUGGAGGAAUGACUGUGAAUGGAUUCAAUCCUCCAAUCAACCUAGAUUGAAACAAACUGGCAGCAGCAUCUUCUUAAAUCAAAUAUGAUUGCUUUUUUUUUUUUCCAAUCUGCAUUGUAGGUAUUCUAGGUCUAUCAAAUGUUGGGGGAUCUAAAUUGGCUAGUAAUGAAUAAAAUUAUUUCUGCCCUGAUCUCAGUUUUCUUGUUCGGUGGGAAAGCUUUGAUGAUCUCGAUUCGUUGGUAUUUGGAUGCAAGAUUUGAAUCGUUCAUGAUUUCACCUUUCACCAAACCCUCAAGCAUGCCCACCAGACCCAGCUCACUAGAAAUCGUUUUCACUUUCAGUCCCCAAAUCUUUCAUGGAUUCUUUAUUUUGUUGCUACCCAAGAACACCUCCAGCUGAAUUUGGAUUAGUAUGUUGUGUCUAUCUCCUGUCAAAGCCUUAGCAGAAUCCUCUCAAAUUCCUCAAGCAUGGUU